UACUCGUGGCCGGCAGGACGUAUACUUCUCUUCUUGACUCGAGUCUUAAACUCUUACCGUGGUAGUCUAUCUCCCAAAAACACAAUCUUUCACUGCCACCAACACCACUAAGGCGGCGCCGGCGAACGGAAUAUGGCCACUAGGUUGUGAAUACAGUUGGCUAUGAAUCUUCACUAAAUUAGAUGGGGAAUAUUGGACUUGUGGGUUACAAAUAACAUAAUCACCCACCAGCAUAAGUUUUUCUUUGUAAGCCAUGACGGUCAAGAGCAACAUAAGUGCUCGUUAUGCAACUUAAAUCUGUCUUUGGAUUCCCCUUGUGUGUUAGCAGAAUGAAAGUAUUUACUUCUAUCUACAGAUGUGCCAAACUGUCUAAGCACACAAACUUGGAUAGUAGUUCUAUGAUCCCAAGUGUUAAACUAGGCUGUAUUAGAACUUUGAGUACAUCCUCAGAGACACGAGAGGUGGAAGAGUACUUGGAUAGACUAAAGAAUUUCGAGAAAGUAGGAGUACCAGAUAAUGCUGGCACUGAAACUGAUGAUGGGUUUGAUAUGGGUCGUAUGAAGCGCUUGAUGGACUGCCUUGGAAAUCCACAAUCUAAGUUCAAGACAGUUCAUGUUGCUGGGACUAAAGGCAAGGGUUCAACGGCUGCAUUCUUGUCUAAUAUUUUGAGGGCAGAGGGGUAUCGUGUGGGUUGCUAUACAAGCCCUCAUAUACGAACUAUUAGGGAGCGUAUAUCAGUAGGAACACAAAAUGAGCCAGUUGCAGCAGAUUUGUUGUAUUCUCUAUUUCUUAGGAUCCGGAAGUCUCUUGAUCAGGCAGUGGCACAUGAGUCUGGAUGCCUAAGUCAUUUUGAGGUCCUUACAGCUAUAGCAUUUGCUCUGUUUGCUGAUCAGAAUGUUGAUAUUGCAGUUGUUGAGGCUGGGUUAGGAGGAGCACGGGAUGCUACAAACAUAAUCACAAGUUCCGAGCUUGCUGCUGCAGUUAUAACAACUAUAGGAAAAGAACAUCUGGCUGCUCUUGGGGGUUCCUUGGAAAGCAUAGCAUUGGCAAAGUCAGGGAUUAUCAAACAGGGUCGCCCAGUAAUUCUUGGUGGCCCAUUUCUUCCUCACAUUGAACAAAUUAUACGUGAUAAAGCUCUAUCAAUGUUCUCGCCGGUUGUAUCUGCUUGUGAUUCUGGAAACAGAAGUGUCAUUAAUGGCUUUGGCAUCAUCAAUGGUGAACAACGCCAGUCUUGUGAUUUACUGCUUCAUAUUCAGAAGGACAUACCAUUAUGUAUUGAGUUAUGUGAUGUGAAUCUAUCAUUGCUUGGGCAACAUCAACUUCAGAAUGCUGUGACUGCAACUUGUGCUGCACUAUGCCUCCAUGAUCAAGGUUGGAGGAUUUCUGAAAGAUCCAUUCGUAGUGGGUUGGAGAGCAUGCAGAUGCUUGGGAGAAGCCAAUUUUUGAAGAAAGAAGAAAUUGAUGCUCUUGGACUUUCUGGAUCAAUGGCAUUGCUCGAUGGAGCUCACACUCAAGAAUCUGCUAAAGCAUUGGCAAAUACGAUUUCUACCGUAUGCCAGAACUCUAGGUUGGUCCUUGUGGUUGCAAUGGCAAGCGACAAAGAUCACAGUGGAUUUGCAAAGGAACUCCUUAUGGGUCUACAUUUUGAAGCUGUUUUCCUGACAGAAGUAGAUAUUGCAGGAGACAAGUCUCGAAGCACUUCAGCAUCGUUUUUGAAAGAUAUCUGGAUUAAAACGUGCAGAGAACUUGGUAUCGAAUUUAUUUUUGAAGAUUUAAAAAAUCUGAAAUUGGAUGCAUCAGUUCAUUAUGUUGGAAAUUCAAACAAAAUGAUAUUAGCUGCUGAAUGUUCGUUACCAAAUUGCUUGAAGGCUAGUAAUAAGAUUCUCAAAGCAAGAACAGGGGACCAAUCAGGUGUAAUUGUAGUUACCGGAUCCCUACAUAUAGUUUCAUCUGUAUUAGCUUCUAUCCAUGGUUAAGCUGCAGUUAGGAACAAGAAUCUACUGCAGUUCCUAUUUCCGCUCCUUGGUUUUUGCUUUUACUGGCAGGCAUUCGAAGCGUAGCUUAUCGGCUACUUGAUUAGCUCUGUUGCUUAUCGACAUUCUACGGCGUGGACUCCGAAAUUUCAAAUUAGGCCAAAAUCAGGCCUUAACAGUCCAAAAACUAGCUACAUUGAACCUUCAUAUGAUCAUAUCCAUACUGGUACGGUACCUGGUCCCCUUGGCUUUGGUAAUUUAUACUCAUUCAAUGACUAAAUGUAGAUACCCAGUUGAAGAAAUAAAGGAGUAGGAGCAAAAGGAUUUGGGUUUUGUUUCUUGCCUUGUAUUCAAUUUCAUUUAAAACCAAAUUGUUCUCUUGCAUUUGGUGCUUAGUUAUUGCAGUCACAGUUUUCACAUCUAAGUUUUUCUUUUUUCUUUUUCUUUUUUUUUUUUUUUUUUUUUUCGCCGAAAUUUUUAGCAGCAGCAGCCAGCAGGUGUCACUAUCCUGUUGAAUGAGGUGGUGUAUUCAUGUUUCAAAAUCUAGCAUUCAUAUUUUAUGAUUUUUACGUAUCGUUUUUGAAAUGUAUGUUAGAAAUUGCAUUAAUGCACCUUCUCUUUACUAGCAUUAGGCCACCUUUUAAACUAGAGUUAUCAAUUACAGAUUUACAGGGUAUAACAAUGUGCCAAUGUGGUAAUUUCUGAGAGGGAAACCC